UGGACAUAAAUUCUGGUACAAUCUGAACGCUUGUAGAUUGUUAUGUCUCGAAGUUUGGUUGCAAUGGCAAUGAAUGAUGCAUCUCAAUGAAACAGAGAGAGAGAGAGCGAAAAUGGAGGACCGUGUGGGGCAGUGCCGCGUGGAAGGCCAUUGCCAAAGCUGGGGAAGCAAGAAAAGGAUCGAAUCACCAUUUCCCACAUGUCAGGUCAACAGAAUGGAUUUUCAAACGAACAAAAAAGUCGUCAGCUUUGUUAAUUUCUUGAGGUCCCAUUCUCCUCUUCUUCCUUUUCAACAAAUUUUACCUCCUACCCACAUAACAAAACGGAAUUUCAGACAACAUUGAGAGAAAAAAAUUCUGGUUUUUUUUUUGGAAGAAAAUCAUCAGGAGAAACUGAAAAAAGGGGGAUAUAUGGAGAAUCAUCAGGAGGUUGAAGGUGAGGAGGAUGAUGAUAUGGGACCCACCACCGUGGAGGAAGAAGAAAUUGGAUUUGUGGGUUCGAGCUUGACUUUGGAGAAGGUUGCUGCAGCCAAACAGUAUAUUGAGAAUCAUUACAAGGCUCAAAGAAAGCACAUUCAAGAACGCAAAGAGAGGCGCUCCGUGCUUGAAAGGAGGUUGGCAUCUUCAGAUGUCUCAGAAGAAGAACAAAUUAAUCUAUUGAAGGAUUUGGAGCGGACAGAGACUCAAUACAUUCGGCUGAAAAGGCAUAAAAUUUGUGUUGAGGAUUUCUACCUUUUGACAAUUAUUGGGCGAGGUGCUUUCGGGGAGUAUUAUUUUACAGGUCAGACUUUGUCGGGAGAAGAAAACAGGGAACAUAUAUGCCAUGAAGAAGCUGAGAAAAUCAGAAAUGCUCAGCAGAGGACAGGAGGUGACAUGAUGACUUUACUGAUAAGGGAGGAAACUUUGACGGAAACUGUGGCCAGAUUUUAUAUCGCCCAAAGUGUUUUGGCUAUAGAGUCAAUUCACAUCCAUAACUACAUUCACAGAGACAUAAAACCUGAUAACCUUCUACUGGACAAAAGGGGUCAUAUGAAACUCUCUGAUUUUGGUCUUUGCAAGCCUCUUGACUGCACAAAUCUAUCUGCUAUAAAUGAACAUGAAGUCCUUGAUGAUGAAAACUUGAACGACACGGUGGAUGUGGAUGAGAGCUUUCCAGGUAAAAAAAGCGGGAGGCGCUGGAAGAGCCCCCUUGAACAACUUCAGCAUUGGCAGAUUAACAGAAGGAAACUGGCAUUUUCCACAGUCGGCACUCCAGAUUACAUAGCUCCUGAAGUAUUGUUAAAAAAGGGAUACGGUGUGGAAUGCGACUGGUGGUCUCUUGGUGCAAUAAUGUAUGAAAUGCUUGUUGGUUAUCCACCAUUUUAUUCUGAUGAUCCAGUGACAACAUGCCGAAAGAUUGUGCAUUGGAAAAAUCACUUAAAAUUCCCUGAUGAGAUAAGAUUAUCACCUGAAGCAAAAGACAUGAUCAGUAGGCUGCUUUGCGAUGUCGAGAGUAGGCUCGGUUCUGGAGGUGUAGACCAAAUCAAGACACAUCCUUGGUUCAAAGAUACCGAGUGGGAGAAACUCUAUGACAUGGAUGCAGCGUUUAAGCCCGAGGUCAAUGGGGAACUCGAUACACAAAACUUUAUGCAAUUCGAUGAGGUUGAUUCACCGCCAACUAGAUCUGGAUCUGGACCAAUAAGGAAGAUGUUGUUGACUCCCAAAGAUCUCAGUUUUGUUGGUUAUACAUACAAAAAUUUUGAAGCCGUAAAAGGGCUACGCCAUUCAUUUGAUGUGAAGUCAAACACUGCCCCUAUUCGAACGUCGUCUGUUGACUCAACUAAAAGUGACUCGGCAUUGGAUAACUACUCAACAGAUGACAGGGAAGUCAUAUUGGCAUCAUCAAUGGAUGCUUUGUCACAGUAAAAAUAUCGAAGAGGCCUAUCUGAAGAAGAUAAUGGCUUAUACUUAAAAGCACCUGUUUAUUUUUUCAGUGGCAAAGGAAUUUCAAAGUUCCAAAUUGUUUUGAAAAGUUCAUGUACAGAUUUUUUGGUUUAGGAACUCAAGAUCUCCCCCUCCAAAUGGCUGCUUAGGAGUGGUGAGAUUGUGAGUUUUUUGUUCCUGAGGCCUUGUCUGCCUAGGUUGGCUGAUAAAAACUAGCCUUCUCUUGUGGCAGUUUCUUGGCCCUUCUUUUUUUGCCUCAUUCUUCUCUCCCUUUGUAUUUGAGAAAUUGUAUUGCUGCAUUAACAAUCCAUAAAGCUUUUGGUGUCUAUUGUAUCGUUUUCAUUUUUUUUCACAAGUUGUUCAUAAUAUCCCCUUCUGUUUUUGGGAAACAGGUUCGCUUUUAUUUGUGACAAGUUGAAUGUAUAAUUUUGUUCCUGAUGUAUA